AAUGUCAUCUGCUGAGGAACAUACGAACUUGCACGCUACAGAGAAUGUAGCAGAAGCUGGAGACGAGGGGAAGUUUAAAACGCUAACAAAUAUCCUAAAGAAAUGUAUGUCAGUGAAAGAUAUCGCCAAUAUUCGCCUAUCUCUCCCUGCUAGUCUGCUUUACCCAGCAGGAAAUUUAGAGUACUGGAACUACAUAGGACGUGCAGAUACACUCGUCGAUAUCAACCAACACGAUGAUCCUUUAGAUAGAAUGCUCGCCGCCUCUAGAUUCUGCUUCGCUAAAGACCUCAGAUUCGUCCGUGGUGGCAUCGUGAAACCAUACAAUUCAGUUAUGGGGGAACACUUCCGUUGUUCCUGGCCAGCUACAGUCCCUGAGCUAAAUGAGAAGGGUGAAUUUAUACCUACGUCAGACUUGGUCAACGACUAUGAUGAUGCUUCUGGUGCUUCUUCACGUACAACAACUCCAGCACCCCAAGGCCCUGGCGUAGCCGCACAGGAUGGCAAAAAUGUACAUGCGGUCUCAAGAGAUUUGAGAACUGUCGCUGCACUCAACAAUCGUCGCUCAAAAGGCAAAGUUAGCUUCCUUACCGAACAAAUUUCCCAUCACCCACCAGUAUCUGCUUAUUGGUACUCUGCGCCGGAUUGUCAGACCGAGAUUUACGGUGUUGAUCAAGUAAGCGCCAAGAUUUCUGGGACAUCAAUCAAAGUUCAACCUGGAGAGCGUAACAAAGGCUUGUUUGUUAAUCUCAAAGAUCGUCAAGAGGAAUAUCAUAUCUCUCAUCCAACAGCACUUGUUUCUGGUAUAUUAAGAGGCUUGUCAAGUAUCUACGCAGUCAUAUGCGAUUCAAGUGUGAUAGAAGUUAAUGGCCCUAACGUUGGAGAUAACCCACUUCGAUUGAUUAUAGAAUAUAAAGAAGAAUCAUGGAUUGGUAAACCACGGUUCUUGGUUGAAGGUGUUAUUUAUCAUGCAACAACUGAAGAAUCAAGAACAUGGACAAAGGUGAAGCAAGUUCCAAGGGAUCAAGUUCUAGCUACACUUGAAGGCACAUGGCGCACUAAAAUUUACUACAAAAAGGCAGGUGAAGAUGAGCAAAAGUUAUUGAUCGACCUUGAAAAUCUAGAUCUCACGCCGAAAUAUGUUAGAGAUCUCGAUAAGCAAGAUGAUCUUGAAUCAAGGAAAGUAUGGGAACCAGUCACGAGAGCCAUCCUGGAGAAAGAUUACACCGAAGCAACCAAAGCGAAGCAAGUAAUUGAACAGCAUCAAAGAGAUUUAGCCAAUGAACGUAAACGUACUAAUGCAGCUUACCAAUCGUGCUAUUUUGAACUGGAUACGCCUGAUGGUAAACCAAUUCUUACCGAGAACGGUAAGAGAGCUCUAGAAUCUGAGCUAUUAGCGGACUUUGAAUAAAUAUUAUUUAGAUUAUAUAAACUGACAAUAAUUUUGUUGAUAUUUUUAUGAAAUUUUUACGGU